CAGUCCCGCCGGCUGCCAGAUCCGCGCCGGGCCCGCGCGCGGCAUGGGCGGUUCCGGGGGCCCCGCGGAGCCAUGAGGUGCGGGCUGCGGGCGCAGCGGCGAGCAGCAUGGCCGGGGCCGGGGCCAGGGCUGGCCGGCGCGGCAUCCCCAAGCGCAAACCCAACUUCACGCUGCAGGAGAUCGACAUCCUGAUGAGCGAGGUGCUGCGCUACGAGCAGCUGCUCUUCGGGGCCAGCUCCACCAACGUGAACGCCUACGAGAAGCAGAAGAUCUGGUGGCGCAUCACCAACAAGAUCAACGCGGCGGGCCGCAACCAGCGCGACAUCGGCGAGGUGAAAAACCGCUGGCGCGGCCUGCGCCGCCGGGCCAACGACAAGAUCACCCGGCACCGCCAGGAGCGCCAGGCACCGCCCGACGCCCGCGGCUACUCCGUGCCCCGCGGCGCCGAGCCCCGCGAGCCCGAGCUCGGCCCGCAAUGGGGCCUGCACGGCGUGUGCCCGCUGGACGCGCCGCCCGGCUCCGGCGAGGUGCCCGCGCAGCAGGGGGCAGGUGUGAAGGAGGAGCCAGUAAAGGAGGAGCCAGUGGACGUGAAGCCAGAACCAUUCCAUACGCCUUCCACUGAGGUCAUCCAUCAGCAAGUGACGCGGGGAGGAGAGAGGCGGCUCCUCAGGAGUGCUGGCCAUGUGCCGGACGAUCCAUGUGAAGGCUGGAGCCAGAGCCCGCAGAAUCCCUCGCAAAAUGAACUCGCCAUCAGCGAGCUGGGAGGGCAGCAGGAGCCCCUGGGCACAGAUUUCACGAGUAUUAUCUUUGACCAAGAGGCAGAGCACCUGAAUGAUUGUAAUGCAAGUGAGAGCAUGACCCCUGUAACUGUGGCGCUGCAGGAGGGGGGGCUGGAGAGUGGCCAUCUUAGCCCCGUGGAGAAGCGGAUUCUCCAAUCCAAUGAGCAGCUGGUGCAGGAGAUGCGAGCCUUCCGCAGGGAGUACACGGAAAGCCGCAGGGAAACUGCCUCCAUCCUGCGCAUCAUCGCCAAGGCCCUCAGCAGUGUGAGCAGCAGCCUCUGCAUUGUCAGCUCCUGUCAUCUUUAGCUGAUUAGUGGGCUUCCUCCCACCUCCCAGCGAAGUGCGGAAGUGAUAGAGAAGAACCCAACACCUUCAGUUUCUUCAGUCCCUGUUGGACGCUCUUGCUCACUCACCAGCUUAUAAGAUCUUUGGGGGACCCUAUCAGACACUCCACUAAAUGCAGCUAUUUCUGUACUUGCUGCAUUACAAUCUGAGAUCUUCCCCAACAGUCUGUACUCCUCCUGCUCCUGUUCUGAACAUGGGUCAGUUGGCAAAAAUGUUCCCCUGUGGGACCCUACCAUUGAGCACCCCAAUAAGAGCCUUCCCUUUCAGAGGGGCUGGGAACCAGCAACUGCCAUCUGCUUCAACGGAGACUGAGAGGUGUUGCAUGUUCAAUCAUACCACAUAAUUAGGAGUGAAAAUGUUGAUCUACAUCCUUGGUGGCUUAUGUCUUUUUCUUAGGUAAGGCUGAAAUUUAGACUUACUGGAUUGCAUUUCUUCCCAUUUUGAAACAUGCUACUGAAUUUUCUUGUUCCAGUCUCCUGACGCUUGGACAGUAAUUGUCAGAGGUUUGUUAGCUAAUUCCUUCAACCCCCUCCAUCCCAAUAGGAUCUAAGCCAGUGGAAUUGUACAUGUUCAUGUUUCCCACUAUUCUAUUGUUUUACAAGCUCUUAAUUACUUCCUACUGUCAAAACUCACCUGUAUUUUUCCAUUCAGGACAGAUCUGCCCCAAGCCCUGUUCUUGGUAAAAUAGACAUUGUGAGAUGGAGCCACCUAAAAACUGACCUUUUAACAAAUCAGUCAUAUUUCCCCUUUGUAGAAUGGGUUUUGUCCACAGCCAACUUUGAGCAGGAGGUAGGAUCAACAUGAAACAGCUGACACGGGCAUCCUUCUGAGACCUAGUGUCUGGUACCAAGAGUAGUUCCAAAACCCUACUGGUAAGUGAUUUGGGCUUGUUUUGUGAUCCUGUGGCUCACUGAGCUGCCAUACUCCUUGCCUGAAGCGGCAGCACUGUGUGUAGUGGGAGAGACCCCACACACACCCCCUGUAGUCCAGAGGAGGUGCUCUGGGCUGAGAGCCAGGAAGCUGUGAGUUGGAGUGUUACUUUCUGUUGGCUGCUAAUAUUUCUGUGACCUUCACAACCCUUUCUAGAAGCCAAGCCCCCGCUGGCUGCUCUAGAAGCAGGUAUCUAUCACCCCACCCCCCAGUGUGCAGACAAGAAUACCGUGUACCAGAGCAGCCAGUGGCACCCAGCUCUACCAAGUCUCAGUCACUCACCCACAUGCUUUUGGCAAUGAAGGUGCCAGUACUAGGUGUAGCUAUGCUGACAGGCAUGGUGCUGAACUGGCUGGAGUUACAAUGCAAUGGUUAAGGUAAUGGGACUAUACCCAGAUCACAAAGGUAUCUAGGCUCCUACUUCAACUGACAUCAAUGGAAGUUAGGAGCCUAAAUACCUGUGAUCAUCUGGGUUGAUGAGGCUGAGCUGUGGGCUGGGCACAUCAGUGUAUUAGGCCCCUAAAUACUGUUAAAAUUUGGGUCUUGGGCCAGAACUGUCCCCUCUUCGCGGUCAAUGCUUCUACCCCUCAUACGGUGAGAUGUUGGGGGAGGAUGGUCUUGUGAUUAAGGCAAUGGACUUAGGAGAAACUCCUGGCACUGGCAGAGACUUGCUGGCUGACCUUACCCAAGUUGCUUAAUUAUGUGCCUCAGUUUCCCCAGCUGCAGAGUGGGCUUUUCAAAGACCUGACUGGCCCAUUUUUUGCUCAUUGAGGGUUAGGAGAAUAGUGGUUGGAAAACAGGCCUUGCCCCCAGUGGAAAAUUUUGAUUUUCAUUGGCAAACCAAACAUUUUCAGCUUUCACUGAAAACUUAAUUUUUGGCCAAUUUUUUUUUUUUUUUUUUUUUAAUUUUUCACUUUUUUGACAAAACUGAAACCUUGUGAGGGAAAGAAAAUAGCCCCAUUUUCCAUCUGGGGAAAAGACUGGAUGGAAAAUUUCCCCAUCAGCCCUAACUAGGAGCUAGGGCUGGUUGCCUUGGUGCCAAGAAGCCUUUAGAGGAAGGGGGGUGACCCCUCCCUAGUCCAAUCCCCCACUGCCUGGGGUGGCUGGGUCACCUGCAGGGAGCAUGGGGCAGUACUGUGCCCACCAGGGCUGAAGGGGCAGGAAGCUGGCAGGGAGUCCUGUGUGGGCGGCUGACUGUGCAGCAGGGCUCCUGCUCAAAGCUGAAUCCUCUGCAAACGGCUGCAGUGGGAGCAGCCUGAAGGGCGGUGUGCCAGCCCAGGGGCCCACUUGGGGCUGCUCCACUUAGCCACACCUCCCCUUUCGCACCCACCAGGGACCCUGCAGGGCAGAGAGCUGGGCAGAGGACUGCUAACAGCUCGGCUCCUGCAACCGCUGCGCUCCAUCCCUGGCCUCAACUCUCCCUGUUUGACCAGGCCCUGACCCGCAGAGCUGCCCCCACCCCAGCUGCAGGGAUGCCAACAUUGUAUUUCAAAAUUAAGGGACUGUUUUCUGAGCCCCCCUGCCCCACCUCUCCUCCCCAUAUUAAUACUAAGCAGGACUCACCUGCAUUAGUUGGGGGUAUUGCUUGCUGCUUUGGGCAGCAAUCAGCAACUCCCGAGAUGAAAGUUUUCAUCUACAGAGAUGAAAAAAUCAGGUGUGUCCCUUGUAAUAAGGGACUGUUGGCAAACCUAGCUCCAGCUGGGAGCUGCAGUGGGGUGGGGGAGCAGCGUCUCCUGCUCCUGAGGGCUGGGGCAGCAUGGAGCCCCCUUCUCCAAUCUCUGGGCUGUAAGACUCAGGCUCCCCUUCCCCCCAGGGCUGCUUCUAGCUGGUAGCUGUACCCAUUUCAGCCCUUCCAGAAGCCCAGGGCAGCCAGGAGCGGGCAGGGUCCCUCACUAGCUCUAUUGUGGUAGCGGGAAUUCACACGGGGUUGCAGGGCUGGCACUUGGCAUGGCCCAGGCCUCCUGCCCCUAGCAGGAACCAGAGAAGGUGACACCUUCCAGCCCUGCUGGGGCCAAGCUGCUGAGCUGGACUCAUGGGUUCCACCACCUGUGGGGAGUGGAGAGCGCUGGGGACCAAGGAGCUGGGUCUCCUGUGCAGUAGCAUGUCUGCACUGGGCCUGCACCACACACAGCCCCUGGCUGGGCCCACUGCAGUCUGCUCUUGUACUGCAGGGUGCUGGUAACUUGGGCAAAGCAGUAAUGGGCAAGCCUUCUCGAGCAGCUCUGAGAACGCAGCAAGCCCAUGGAGGAAUUGUUGGAUAGUGGGACCAGUUGCCUGUCAGUCCUGGAGGUGCUGGCAAUGCCUGUAGCACUGGCACCCUGCGUGUGUGGCUGUGCUGGCAGCUGGGGGGUCACCCAAAUUCUGCAAUUCCUGCGUUUGCAACAUUGGAGCUGUGGGAAUGAAACUCCUGUUGUGGGUGGCCAGUGCGCACUCUGGGCUGCUGCACCAUGUGCCUGGGGCAGCACAGUUCUCUGCAUGUCGGUGCUAGGGUUAGUGCUAGUGCAGGGGGACUGACUAUGGACCAGUCCCCUCCCCCGUGCAAUAGGGCAGCCUGCCCCAUUAGUGCUCACAGACCAUUCCCAUUUGCUACAGUGAGUCAUAAGAGGACAAAGACUGAGUCAAGGGCCUUGAUCAUUGGAGCAGAUUGUGUCUUGAUCCUGUAUUCAGCCCUGGGUGUGAGCAAGAAUCCCCCACUGUCUGCUUCUGGGGUCCAACCCUUGCCCACUUGCUCACCUGCUGGGAGUGGAGAACCCCGGGCACCACUGCUCUCUCGGGGCACAAUGCCCAUCUAUUUGGUGCCAUCCCCUCUUCCCAUCCUUUGGUACAGCCGCAGGGAAUCUGUAACAUGUGGCUGUGCUGCUAUCAGGUGGACACACGGAAUAGCAAGUAGUGGAGGGAGCACAAAGCCCUGGGCGGGACCAGGAUUCUGCUCCACUGCCCCUGCGGUGUCUUUGGAUGCAAUGGAGAGCAAAGGCCCCUGCCUCCUCCCCUGGGAGACUCCAAGGCUGGGUUGUCCAACACAGUGGACAGGGCUGGGCUGCAAUGAACAUAAAGGGACUUCUUGUGCAAGGUCACAGACAGGCCGCAGGACUCACUCUUGCUCUCAGCCUGACACUACAGCCCCAGCUGCCUAUGGUCACCAGGCAGGUUCCCUUAACAUCCUGGCCUGGACCCUGCUGUCAUGGAAGGGACUGUAGGCUACCUAAGAGACGUGAGGCACACACAGGCCUGUCUGACACAUCAUAGAAUAUCAGGGUUGGAAGGGACCUCAGGAGGUCAUUUAGUCUAACCUCAAAUCAGGACUAAUCCCCAGGCAGAUUUUUACCCCAGUUCCCUAAAUGGCCCCCUCAAGGAUUGAACUCACAAUCCUGGGUUUAGCAGGCCAAUGCUCAAACCACUGAGCUAUUCCUCCACAGGCCUGGCCAAGCCAGGGCCUGGGUUUAUUCUUCCUCCUGCUCUCCCCUUUCCUUGUGCUGGCAGAAACUGCCCUGGUGGGUGCUUGCAGCUAGGGAACCUGCUGCACAAGCCCCAAGCAUCCCAGAAGCCACCCCCACUAACUCAGUGGCCUACUUCCUAGAUUCCAAUGUCAGAAGGGGCCACUGUGAUCAUCUAGUCUGACUUCCUGCAUAGCACAGACCAGCAAACUUGAUAGAUUCAAGGAGCUCAAUCUAUUUAGUUUAACAAUGAGCAUAAGGGGUGACUUGAUUACAAUUGCUAAAUACAUAGUUAUUUAUGAAUGGGCUCUUUGAUCUAGCAGAGGAAGGGCUAGAACAAUCCAGUGUCUGGAAGUUUAAGCUAGACAAAUUCAGGGUGGAAAUAGGUGUACAUUUGUAACAGCAUAAUUAACCAGUGGAACAGUUUGCUGCAGGGGCAUGGUGGCUUCUCCAUCACUGACAAUGUUUACAUCAAGAAGGGAUGUUUUUCUAACAGCUCUUCUCUAGGAAUUCUUUGGGGCCGUUCUCUAGCCUGUGUUACAGACUAGAUGCUCAUAAUGAUCCAUGCAUCUUGGAAUCCAUAAAUCUAAACUUCCCCAAAAUUGUGGUCUUGGUGAUUUACAGCUUGGAUGGCACAGCUGAAAGGCGCUAGAAACUCCCAAAUCUGCACUGCACAAGACAUGCUAAGCCUCCCCCUUCUUACCUGGCACAGCAACGUUACCCCUCACUCUGCUGAGACUGCCAGCAAGGGGGCCUGUGCCAACUGGGACUGAUUUUGCACCAGGCCUGUAAGCUCCAAUAGCUUUUUGCUGUGGCCAGCUGUUCCCUGGACACUGAACUGAGACUUACCUAACAGCAGCCUGUGAGCAGCCAUCUACAGGGAAUGCCUGGUCACAGCAGGAGUGAAGCCAUGGGAGCUCCUUCAUAGCCCAUCAAGUUAACGCCUAAGCUUUUCUCCAGUCCAGGAAAUAGACUGUCUGCUCUUCUGUCUCUCACAGUAAGGCAAGUUUUCUGACCUUAAAUCAUUCUUGUAGCUCUACUCUGAACUCGUUCCAAUUUGUCAACAUCCCUUUAGAAAUGUGGACAUAGUAUCCAGUCCUGCUCUCACCAAUGCCAAAUUCCAUUCCCUGCUCCUACUCUACAUUCCUCUGCUUAUCCAGCCAAGAAUCAUGUGACCCUCUCUUAGCCACAGCGUGGGCCUGGGAGCUCAUGGUCAGUUGGGCCCAGGAUCCCAAGGUCUUUCCAGAAUCACUGCAUUCCAGGAUACCGUUUCCCUGUUUCUAGAUUUAAGGCCUUGCAUUUGUCUGUAUGAAAUCAUAUGUUGUUCAAAUGAGCCCAGCUGAUCAUGUGAUCCACCUCGCUCUGUAGAACUGAUGUGGCUCCAUUGCUAUUUACCUCUCCAUUAAUGUGUCUUCUAUAAAAUUUAUCUGCAGUGA